GGAUCGUGGCUGUCAGUAGCACUCAGGGAAGCUUCAUUAGUCGUCAGAGGGGGGGAGGCAAAGCUGUGACUCAUGCCUGCGUGAAGAGACCAAUGGGCAGCCGGAGCCUGAGAUAUAAAUAACGAAUAAAAUAUAUUCUUGAGGGAGAAAGGGUCACUUGCGCGCCGCUGGAUGGGAUUUUAUUAGUGCGCUCCGUUGGUAUUCCGUCGCCGCCGCCGCCGCCACUGGACUGUUUCUUGUCGCGCCUUUGGGUGGCAAUUGCAACAUCUAGUUAAUAGUUUUCUCUGGACUCGGCAACCUGUGCGCCCGUGAGCCGUUGAAUUAUUCCCCAGCUGGAGAUCAGACAACAGAGGACUGAUGGCCACGUCUGAACCGAGAGCCACCGGCGGGGACCAGGACCCCAACUCCGCCAAUUUACGACCUCCGUCCACAACUUACGAAUAUGCGUGGAUGCACGGAUGCACACGGAAACUGGGGAUGAAGAUUUGUGGGUUCCUGCAGAAGAACAACAGCCUGGAAGAGAAGGGGAGGCUCGCGGGCCAGAAGAACUUGCUCUCGUGCGACAACAGUGACAGGGACGCACGCUUCCGCCGCACCGAGACCGACUUCUCCAACCUGUUCGCCAGAGACCUACUGCCGGCCAAAAAUGGAGAGGAGCCUACCAUACAGUUUCUGUUGGAGGUGGUCGACAUCCUCACCAAUUACGUCAAGAAGACUUUCGACCGCUCUACCAAGGUGCUGGACUUCCACCACCCUCACCAGCUCCUGGAGGGUAUGGAGGGCUUCAACCUGGAGCUGUCCGACCAACCCGAGUCCCUGGAGCAGAUCCUGGUGGACUGCAGGGACACACUCAAAUACGGCGUCCGGACAGGUCACCCACGCUUUUUCAACCAGUUGUCUUCUGGACUGGACAUCAUUGGUCUGGCUGGAGAGUGGCUCACCUCCACUGCUAACACCAACAUGUUCACCUAUGAGAUCGCUCCAGUGUUUGUGUUGAUGGAGCAGCUGACUUUGAAGAAAAUGAGGGAGAUGAUUGGUUGGCCCAGCGGAGAGGGAGAUGGACUCUUUUCACCAGGAGGUGCUAUCUCCAACAUGUACAGUGUGAUGAUCGCACGUUACAAGUACUUCCCAGAGGUCAAGACCAAGGGCAUGUCUGCUGCUCCCCGCCUCGUCCUCUUCACAUCUGAACACAGCCACUACUCCAUAAAGAAGGCAGGAGCUGCUCUCGGCUUUGGCACUGAGAAUGUGAUCCUGCUUAGCACAGAUGAGAGGGGGAGAGUCAUUCCUGCAGAUCUGGAGGCCAAGAUCAUUGAUGCUAAACAGAAGGGUUAUGUGCCGCUGUUUGUGAAUGCCACAGCUGGUUCAACUGUGUACGGUGCAUUUGACCCCAUCAAUGAGAUCGCUGACAUCUGUGAGAAGUACAACUUGUGGCUUCAUGUUGAUGGAGCGUGGGGUGGUGGCCUGCUGAUGUCCAGGAAGCAUCGCCAUAAGCUCAGUGGAAUUGAGAGGGCCAACUCUGUCACAUGGAACCCUCAUAAGAUGAUGGGUGUGCCUCUACAGUGCUCUGCCAUCCUGGUCAGAGAGAAGGGAAUCCUGGCAGGCUGCAACUCCAUGUGUGCUGGCUACCUGUUCCAACCAGACAAACAGUACGACGUCACAUACGACACAGGGGAUAAAGCCAUCCAGUGCGGUCGGCACGUCGACAUCUUUAAGUUCUGGCUCAUGUGGAAGGCCAAGGGCACCAUAGGGUUUGAGCAACACAUUGACAAGUGUUUGGACCUGUCUCAGUACCUGUACAACAAGAUCAAGAACAGGGAGGGAUAUGAGAUGGUGUUUGAUGGAGUGCCCCAGCACACCAACGUUUGUUUCUGGUACAUUCCACCUAGCCUGAGAGGCAUGCCACAUGGCGACGAACGGCGAGAAAAACUCCACAGGGUGGCGCCAAAGAUCAAGGCCAUGAUGAUGGAGUCAGGGACCACCAUGGUGGGCUACCAGCCUCAAGGCAAUAAAGUCAACUUCUUCCGUAUGGUUGUGUCCAACCCAGCGGCCACCCAGUCUGACAUCGACUUCCUCAUUGAUGAGAUUGAGAGGCUGGGUCACGACCUGUAGACCUAACCCCUAACCACUGCCUGACGGUCUCUUAUCUGUUGUAUUUCCAAUGCAAAUGUCAAUGAGGUUCUCCAGCUGAAGAGAACGAGAGAGAGACUUUGAGUUUCUUAAUAACACUGUCCCACAUAGUUCCUUCUAUAGAUAAAAUAUAGAAACCAGUAUCUGAAAGCUCCAGGUACAACAAACAUGCUCUAAUGUAUGUGUGUGCUGUGGAAUCUUAUUAUGUAUGUAUGUGUGUGUAUGUGUGUGUAAAAUCAAGUUUCUUGUCCAGUGUAGUUUGUCUUUUAAUGUCUGUAAGUGCGUGUGUGCCAGAGUGUGUGUGAAUGUGGUCAAACACUGAAAGGGACAAAAGCACAGAUCAAAAUAUGACAGUAUCAUAAAUUAUUCUGCUGUAUCAUACAUUUGCUACACACAAUUGAAUCAUUGGUGCUUUCAGCUGUACAUAUAUAUAUAUAUAUUAAAACUUAGUGCACCAACCUAUUUGUCCUAAACCAGUGUCUGAGCCCCUGAAGCAGUGUGUGUGUGUGUGUGUGUGUGUGUGUGUGUGUGUGUGUAUGUGUGCAUGUGGCACACUGAGUGUAUCCUGUCAUGUAUUUUAGGAUAGCACUGUGUUGAAAAUAAGCUAAUGUGCACACCAUAGGUACCAGCUGUGUUAAACUGAGAGGUUUUAGGUAACCUCCAGUAAAUGAUCCACAGUCUGCAAUAUUUUCCCUUGUAGAAGUUUAAGAUUAAGAUUUAAAUUGUCCGCAGCCAUCCCAAGUCUGUGACAACUUUUAACUUGUAAAACGCUGGCUCGUUGUUUGUUUCAUGCAAUCAUGUGAUGCCCAUGUGUGUUUAUAGCAUUGUUAAAAUAUUAAUAUUUGAUUAUAUUAAGAACAAAUAUUUAUUGCAUUUCCACUGUUUGCAGAUUCAGGUAUUUUUUGUAAAUGUGUCUUUAUGUGUAUUACAUGGUAAUACAUUUGUAAAUGUAAUCACAGGAACUUGAGUAAAGUUUAUUUAUAGUGACUUUGUCAGCCAAAGAAAGAGAAUCGGGAACAGAGCAAUCCAUUGUCCUUCAUAUAUAACUUCUUAUAGAUUCUAGGUGUUUGUAAAAUGUUACCUAUUGACCCUCGACUGCGAUGCAAUUUCUAUAGUGCAUUUCUUUCUGUGAUUGUGAGUCUUUUUGACUGAAUGUUUUGAGAUGACUGACUGGCCUUCUAAUGAGAUUAAGAAUGAAGUCUAUGUGAUCCUCUGGCAGUCGUGUUGAUCUUUUAUUUUAGAGAGAAGCACAAGGAUGUGAGAAUGUACUCUCCUCUCGAGACUGUGAAGAAAGAAUUGUUGUAUCUGUCUGAAUCCUAAUGCAUUUACUGUAAUAUAGUAUAUUAAUUGUAAUACAUAUUACUUGUAUUCUCAGUGUUAUCGGAGCUCAAUAGAAUAUCUUAUAUACAGAGCUCCUGUUUGUGUCUUUGCACAAUGUUCACCUUUCUUUCUUCCACUGUAAAUGGAUGUGUACUAUGGCAGUGUUAUAUAAGAGUUAUGUUAACAAAGUAUUUAUGGUAUCUAGGGACCAUAUGUGAAUGGCACAAUUGCAUAAAUCAUAUUUAAGGUAAUCUGUGUACUGUAUGUGGCCAGUGACUCCUGUACAUGACCAAUCCCAGACGUAAGGGAGCGUUUCCUAGGAGGUUUUCAGUAGGCACUUUAACAGAAUCAUACCAUCUCGAAAAAGAUCUUUAAUAAAGUCUAUUAAAGGGAAA